UGAAAUGUCACAAUACGGAUUACGGAUCGUAAUUAUUUUUGUCAAUGCAGGGAGCUGUCUGUCAAAGUCGGAACAUCGCUAAUCCGGGAAUGGUCAUAUUAUUCAUCAUUUAAAAUUUUGAGUAGCAAGAAAGCACAGUUUUAUUGAUUAAUUGUACAAUAUCAUCAACAUGGAGGACGUUUUGGACGAGACCGUCUCCUCGGAAGAUUUGCAAAAGUUCGAGAAAGUGUUUCACGAGCAGUUACAUAGCGGCAAUGUGACGCACAAAGCGCAGUUCGAGUACGCGUGGUGCCUCGUCAGGAGCAAAUACCCAACCGACAUAAGAAAGGGUAUAUUACUCCUGAAAGAACUCUUCAAUUCGCACGCAGGGAAGCGUGACUACCUGUUCUACCUUGCCAUCGGCAAUGCUAGGAUCAAGGAGUACAACAAGGCGCUGCAUUAUGUUAAGUCAUUCCUGGAGAUCGAGCCUGCUAACCAACAGGUUUUGGCGUUGGAGCGUCAGAUCAACAAGCGCAUGGAGAAGGAGGGGCUGAUCGGCAUGGCGGUGGCGGGCGGCGCGGUGCUGGCGCUCGGCGGCAUCGUGGGCCUCGGGAUCGCUCUCGCCUCGAGCAAGAAAUAGCAUUUGGCCUUCUUAAUGAACGCGUUGCUGGGCGUUCAUUAUCUAUGGAAGCGUAAAGAGAUCAAGAAGGAGUAGGCGCCAGCUGGUUUUAUCAUCACCUAUGUGUAACACUUGUGUACAGAAUCAAAGGCACCAUUGGCUUCGUUCACAGACCUAUAAAACUAUAGACGUCACAUGUACUAACGACGUUUUGAAUGAAUGAUCCCAAACUUCGAUCGGAUCCCGAGAGUAAAUCCAUGAAAAUAAGUCAUUUGUAAAAAAGUAAAAAAAAAAAAUAUGAUGUGAUAACAUAAAAAAAAUAUAUAUUAUUUCAACUGAGACCUAAUAUGUAUGCCAAAUAAUAUUUGAUUUUUUUAUUUAUAUUUACCUCACGCUCAAUAUUAUUACUGCAUCUUAUAGUUAUAAUGAUAUAAUGUAGAGGUAUUUGGACAAAUCAGCCAAAGAAUAUAAAGUUUUGUCAUAGUCAUUUUAUAAUUAAAAAUAUGUGUUGAGCGAAAUGGUUUGAUAUAUAUCUUUUUGCACAGGUCAUUUGUGUUUUUUUUUUUUAAUAAUUAAACAAAAAAUAUCUGAUAUGCCCCUCAGUGUAAUAAAAGCAUUUACAGUAAAAAUAUGUUUUCAAAACACAAUAUGGCGUCUGAUAGAUUUAUAAGUCUGUGGCUUAAAAUUGUACCGUAAGCGUAGUGUAGUUUUGUAAGCGUUAGUCUCCGCGUUUGUGAUAUGGUAUCUAUUUAUUUAGCGUUAGGGUUUAAUUUAAGAUGCCGUUGAAGGAGCGAUUCCAUUAAUAAAUAUAUUUUUUCGUUUUCAUUA